AUGUGCAUUUACGGGGCAAUACCCAAGUUUUUCAAGCCAAGGUCAAUUCCCUUAGCACUAAAAUCUAAGGUAGAGUCGGAAAUUGAUCGUUUAAUAGAUAAUAAUAUUUUAACUCCUGUGAACUAUAGCGAAUGGGCCACUCCAAUUGUUCCAAUUCUUAAGCCCGACGGUACAGUUAGAAUUUGUGGUGAUUUCAAAAUUACAAUCAACCCCGUAUUGGAAGGAACUGAGUAUCCCUUACCAAAAAUAGAACAUCUUUAUGCGAAUAUAAGUGGCUCAAAAUAUUUUUCUAAAAUAGAUCUCAAAGAUGCAUAUCAACAAAUGGUAAUUAAAGAGAGUGAUCGCAAAUACACUACAAUAAAUACUCACAAAGGCCUAUUCAGUUAUACUCGAAAUCCGUUCGGAAUAAAAAGCUCAGCUGGGGAAUUCCAAAAAGCCAUGGAAAUAUCAACCACAGGCUUAGAAGGGAUUGGUAUAUUUCAAGAUGACAUAAUAGUUGCGGGAAAAACGGUAGAAGAACACAACAAUAGAUUAAAAAAAUUACUUAACGUUUUAUCCGAAGUUGGUUUAAGGGUUAAACAAAACAAAUGUAGUUUUCUCAAAAAUUCAAUUGAAUAUUUAGGUCAUAAAAAUCGAUGA